AUGGGUUCAGCGUAUCAAAUUAUGGGUAGGUCAGUUCCAUCGCACUAUCUCGCCAUGGGGACAAUAGGCCUAGUCUCUCUUUGUAUUCUUCCAAGUCUUGUUGGUGGGAAGAAGGAAAAGGUUGCUUCGAUCAAUGCCAUUUCUGAUGACGAAGAUGCAUUUGUUAGGAAAUAUCUACAAGAACAUAAAACUAAAGUUUAA